AUGCUUGAUAUCGAUCUUGCUGCUGCGCAUCGAGAGGAUAUGGUAGUGGCGGAUAGUAAUACUCAUUUUCUUGUUCCUGUUGUUGUGGCGUUGAAGAAGGAGGAUAUGGAUGGAGAUGGAGAUGAGUAUGGACGUGUGGAGUCUCGGGAAUCUCUGAAUGAAGUGGUUGUUAAAAAUACAAAGAUGAGGAAUAUCGAGCAUGAAUCUGAGGAAAAUGAAAAGAUGGGUACUCAUAUACCACUUGAUGAGUUUGAAUCGGCGAAGAAAAAGCGCAAGGAAAGAAGAGUUCAUUUUGCAGGGGUAUGA